AUGGUUAAUCAAGAGGUGGCUAUACUGAAGAAAUUGAGAUCUUUGGACCUGGACAAGCAAAACAUCGUUCAGUGGUACCAGUUCUUCACCGACAGAGAACACAUCUGCCUGGAGUUUGAGCACCUGGACAAAAGUCUCUUCGAUUUUAUGACUGAACAAAAUUUCAGACAUCUCCUUCUGAAAGAGAUUCGCCCAAUUGUCCAGCAGAUUGCUCAUGCGCUGAAGCACUUGAAGGCUGUGGGGUUUAUCCAUGCAGACCUCAAGUUAGAAAACAUGAUGCUAGUUGAUCAGCAAUGGGAGCCCUUCUGUGUCAAAGUGAUCGACUUUGGAUUAGCAUGUGAUGUGUCAGCUGCCAAGUUGGGCUCCUACAUUCAGACCCGUCCAUACCGGUGAGUACC